AUGGCCUCGCCAAGAACGCUCCUGGGCCCCCUGACAACGACGUGGACCCCGCCGCCCGUGUGCUCGUACGCCAUGGCGCUGGGCUGCGCGACAUGCAGCACAGGGUGGCAGGGCCAGACGUGCAACGAGAAGAGCCUCGCGCACGACUAUACUGACUGCUGGCCGCCACGCUCCAGCAAGUUUCCAGACCCGGGCGUCAUGAUGGGAUGGGGGUUUUAUUCGCCUGGGAUCGCGUGUCCAGUUGGGUAUACAACGGCGGCGAUUGCGACGCAGGGUGGCAAGACGGGCUGGGGUUUGGAGUUUUCGAUGACGGAGGGGGAGACGGCGGCGGCUUGUUGUCCUAGUGGAUUCUCCCCCUCCAGCAUCGAAACGUUAAACACCUAUGCUGCGACUUGCAUAGUAGUCGCCACACAAUCAUCCUUCUCGACCGUCGUGUGCGAUUCGGGUUCAUUCACCGACUUCUCCGUUAUUACGAUCCCCAACAAUGACCUAUCGAGCUUCACCGUCUACGCGCCCCUGUUCCAGCUCAACUUCCAGGCAUCAGAUAUUCCUGCGCCUUCUACCACGACGCCUAGCGAGGAACCCACGUCCACUUCACAGACUGUCCCGACCUCGACGACGGCGUCAGCAGCGUCAUCAACUUCAGACCCCGUGGCCUCGCUGAUCACUGUGACGGCAUCAAGAUCUUCCUCGGGCUCAUCAGGGGCUGCGACAGCUUCUCCGAAUACAGAUGAUGAAGGAGGACUCAGCACAAGCGCCAAAAUUGGAAUAGGGGUCAGCGUAGCCGUCGGCGCCAUAAUUGGCUUUGCAGUCUUCUUUCUCUGGGUGCGCUCUCGGCGGCGGAGCGCCGAGACCGAGCCCGCCGGCAAACUGUCCAAAAAGAAAAAGAAGCCGGACGUAUCUGGAAGCGGUGGCGAUGAAGAAGAACCCUCUAUUCAGGAGCUCGACGGACAUAAAGUUCAUGAACUGGGCGCAGCGAGUCUAUCGGUUGGGGCACUUAGACAGCCCGUGGCAUUAUUUGAGUUGGAGGGGACGACUCCGGUUAGUCCUAUUACUCCUAACACACCGAUGCGGGAUAGGUGGCAAGAUCAGUUUCCGAUAGGGAUGGGACCGGGAAGAACGAAAUGA